UGGCCACAAACAAGAAUCAUCUUUUCAAACCCUAAUCCCCAAAUCCUUAAAUUCACAAUCUUUACCCCCCAUGGUUUUAUUAUCAUAGCCAGUGUCUUAAACCACUUUUUCUUUCAAAUUCACUCACUAAAAAGUGAAAAAAGCUUUGAUUUUUAAUUGGGUUUUCAAAACACUUUUUUGUGGGUUUUGUUUAGCAAUGGAAGUAGCAAAAUCUUGCAACUCUGAUUUGGUGUUUUUGCAGAGAAAAAUGGUUUCUUUUUCUGGAUUUGUGGCUUUUGAAACCUUAAUUGCUGCUCAUGUUUCUCUUGCUUGCGUCCUCACGAUGAUGGGAUUUCUUCUUCAGGAUGCACAUGCACUGCAAAGUUUGAUUGGAAAUGAUCAAAGGUUUCCUUUUGCGGAGCUCCACAAGAAGGGCACAGCUGGAGCUGAAGCCAAAGAUGGAAGUGACACAGAGGAUGAUGACGAGGAUGAGGAGGGGGUUGAGGAGCCAGAAGAUGAUGCCGGAGAUGAAGAUUUCUCAGGUGACGAAAAGGAAGAUGAUGACGAUGAUGAUGAAGACGCGGAGGAUCCUGCGGCAAAUGGCAACGAAGGAAGUGAUGACGAGGAAGAUAACGAUGACGAGGAUGAUGACGAUGACGAGGAGGAGGAGGACAAUGACGAUGAGGACGAGGAAGAAAAAGAGGAGGAUGAAGACGAUGACGAUGAUGAAGCAAAACCACCACCAGCUAAGAAGAGAAAAUAAAACUAAUUGGUUAAACAGGGAGAUCAUCCUUGAAUGUUUAAUUAUCGGGUAUGCCCAGAAUAUGUAUUAGGGAGAGAUUACAUUUUAGUUUUGUUUUAUGCCUUUCCGAUUGUAGCAUUCUAAUAAACUAAAUCUUUAUUUGCAAUGGUAUUGUCUUUUUUUUUUUU